AUGGGGAGCAUCGCUGAGCGUGGACAGAGGGCAUCUGCACAUCUUCUCUCCUCCAGCGCCCACACAGGGCACAGGCUCAGUCUGUUUGUGGGGAGCCCAGAAACCCUCCAUGUCAGAGAUGCUGUGGCUGCUGCCCCUGCUGUGGGCAGGGUGGGGGCUGUGGCUGACCCUCCUUUUCCUGCAGGAUCCCUGGCUCUCCAAGAUAGAAGAUACACGGUGACAGUGCAGACACCUGUGACAGUGCAGGAGGGCCUGUGUGUUUCUGUGUCCUGCACCUUCACUGCCCUGUGGUUCUAUGGGAAUUCUAUCACUACAUAUGGCUCCUGGUUCCCAGAAGGAGCUAAGGCAGACACAGAUGCUGCUGUGGCCACAAACAACCAGACUCGUAAUGUGCUGGAGGAGACCCAGGGCCGAUUCCACCUCCUCGGGGAUCCCCAGACCAAGAACUGCUCCCUGGACAUCAGAGAUGCCCGGAGGACAGAUGACGGAUUAUAUUUUUUUCGAGUGGAGAGGGCAGGUUACCAAGAGUUUAAAUAUUCUUACACACAGGACAUGCUCACCGUGCGAGUGACGGCCCUCAACCACACACCCCACAUCUUCAUCCCGGAGACCCUGGAGAGCGGCCUCCCCAGGAACCUGACCUGCUCUGUGCCCUGGGCCUGUGAGAGGGGCACGCCCCCCAUCUUCUCCUGGACGUCAGCUGCCCACAGCUCCCUGGGCCCCAGGACGCGCCUCUCCUCCGUGCUCACACUCACCCCACAGCCCCAGGACCAUGGCACUAACCUCACCUGUCAGGUGCAUUUUCCUGCCACUGGUGUGACCGUGGAGACAACCAUCCAGCUCAACGUCACCUGUGCCACGGAGAACCCAACACCAGGUGGUUGCCUAGGAGACAGUGCAGUGGAACCAAGGACGAGGGCAGAUGUGGUUGGGGCGGCCGUCGGGGGAGCCGGUGUCACUGCACUGCUGGCUGGCUGUCUCUGCCUCAUCUAUUUUGUAGUGAAGACCCACGGGAAGAAAGCCAGGACAGCCAUGGGCAUGGACAACAUCCACACUGCCAUGGGGCCAGCUUCCCUGGGUCACCAGAAGACUCCGGAGUUAGACAGCCCGGUGGCUGACUCCACUAGCUCUGCAGGGGCAGCCCCGACCUUGAGGGUGGAGCCAGAGGUGUAUUAUGCCUCCCUCCGCUUUCAGGGGAAGAACCCUCCUCAGGCAAACACCGAACCAGAAUACUCAAAUGUCAGGACCCAGUGAGAGGCCGAAAUGUCCAUAUCCUCUGGGAGGAAGGGGGACCUACCUACCAGCUGACUUUUGGAGAGCUCACAUCCCCCACAGGCAGUGGGUUUAUAAACUACUGUAUAUGCCUUUCCUGGUAUGUUGGAACUAUCUUAGGCAUUGCAAUCAGAGAGACCUGGGAGCAAGUUCAUGCUCUUUCUGUCGAUUAAGAAAAAUAUGACACCACCUGAGCCACCUUACUCCUCCGGGACUUGAUUCCCUGAUUUGUGAUCAGGCAUAAGAAGUUCUACAUCGCAGGGUUGCUGUGAGCAUUAAAUUAAAGUACGCAUGGAACCUGGCCGGCGGCUCAGUUGGCUAGAGUGUUGUCCUGUUACGCCAAGGCUGUGAGCCUCAGUAAGGGCACACACAACAGUCAACCAAUGGCGCCGCUGGUGUGGUUCCGUUGGUUGAGUGCGUCCCGUGCACUGAAAGGUUGCUGGUCUGAUUCCAUGCCCAGGUUUCCGGUUCGAUUCCCAGUAGGGGCCGUGCAGGAGACAGCUGA